GUUCAACAGCAGGGUCCAGCAGAACGAUACAUAGAAAACCUUAAAUUGCAAGAGGAGGUGGGUAAAGCUUCACGGACUCUGGAGAAACACGAAAGACAGAUAGAGGCUUUACAGAGUCAAGUAGGUGAAAUUAAUGAGACAGGACGUUUCACAAAGGCAAAGGUUGGUACAAUUUUAAGAAUGCGCGUUUUCUUUCAAUUGCGUGCCUUUUGCUAGCAAUCCGUCUUUAAAUCAGGUCACUUAAAGAGGCCACGUUACGCUGUUUUCUACCUUUUUAAGAUGCUAAAACGUGUCCCAUCAAUUGCAUUCCAAAAAUGUGUGCCUCGUUUUGUUAUUUAAGACUAUAUUAAGCGUUUGAAACUGUCGUCCGGUCAUCUUAUAGACUAUUGCUAGGAGGCUGUGCAAUAAUUAUCAGGAGUUGAAGUUGGGGGGGAAGGGGCUGAAAACUGAGCCUGAUUAAUGUUACAUUGCGCCAUCUACCGACAAAAGCAAAUUAGCUUCGACCCCCACCUGGUCAGUUAAAAAUAGUGCAUCACUUCACUCGCCACGCCCUGUUUUGUAACGUCUUUCUCCUGACAAAAAUUGUGUUCAGAGGAGGACUGGCAUUAGUCAAUAAACACCAAUUGCUAUUGCCAAUUGUAAUGCUUCGAAACAUUCCGAGCUGAUUUCGUAGAAAAUUUGUAGGGUUAAUGUUUUGAUACAGAGAAACUGGAGUGGUAAGAAUCGCUGGUUCCAAUUUUCGAACAAUAGAGGGCGUGGUCGAUCACCUGACCAUAUAAUUUGGAUUUCUUUUUUCAAGUUUUCUUAAGUUUCGUUUACUAUAGCAUUUAUCAUUUCUCGUGGAUGUCUAGCUUUUACAAUAGUUUUUGGAAAAUGUACAUAAAAGCCGUAAAUGACUUAGACCCAGGCCUUGAUUUACUUGAGUACAACAACAAUAUCCUUGUGACAUAUAUAGCCCCUUUUGUUAAAUGCUAUUUGAAGGUUUUGCUUCCAUAAGAAAUCCUGAAAAGUUGAACUCAUAAAUGAAUAACACGGGAAGAAUUAGAACGAAUGGCACGUGACAUUACUUCGUCGACGACGUCACAAACAUAGUUUCUCUUUAGGAGCAAGAUUACAAUACCAUAUUAUAGGGAAUUUUCAUUACCAAGAUGUUAUCUAAUCGCCGCAAACGGAAACUUUGCCUUGUAAAAUGAGAAAAGGCUAUUUAUAUCAUUGUUAAAUAGGUCACGUGAUUUUUACCGUUUAAUUAACCAUGUCCUUUUGACAAAAACACAAAAAACAAUGUCGUGGGUUGGAAUCCCAUCUGAGGCUCGGUUUUUUCCGAGUUUCCAUUUGAUGUAAUAAUGACAAUAGACCUUAUUCACGAUACCCGCCAUCUUUGCACGCGCUUAAGGACUGAUGGGAUAAAAGCAAUGUCACGUGGCUUCUCAGGGGGCAAACAAGUGAUAAAUUUUUCUAAUGCAAGAAACCGCGGAUGAACAACUUUUUACAUUAAAGACGAUAAUGGAAAAUUAUGGGUGGAAGUGAUCAUUUUUACCUUUCUGGAUGCAGUAGCCACCGUAAGAUGUCCUCACAGCAGGGCGUAAUAAGCUAAGGCGUUGAAACGAUCAUACGCGCUCUCUGGUUCAUCUGUGAUGCGGAGUAGGACUGGAGCUAGUUGACCUUUCCGCUCUCGAUCCGCUGUCAGGGCAAGAAAAAUGGCGCCGUCGAGCUGGAGGUAGGUUGGGAUUUAUUGCUUUAUAUCUUAAGAUCGCUGCAAUCUAUAAUGAGAUUUGAUAUUUGGCGUAUUUCUAUGCAAUAUACAGAAAAUAUUUAGGUGAUAUUUUAUAGUUAGUCUUAUAAGUUAAGGUGUCUUCUCGCCUUUUAUGUUUAUGUACUGUGUAAAAAUGGCCUAUCAAAUAUUACAGGUUGAAGGCCGCGUUUUAUCUUGCCAGUCAAAACCAAAUGAUUAUAAACGGCUACAAAAAAAAUAUGUAAUGGUUUUAUAAACUUUUUGUUUGUGCAUGGAAAUCUUUAGAGUUAACUUUUAUGAACCUUUAAGGUUUUUUACUCCUGAAGUGACGACUUCAUAAUGGCGAUAGCAAGGUUUUUGUUUUGUACGUUGACGUUUAGCUUGUUAGUAAAAUAAAAGAUUUCAGUUGCCCAAUUUAGCAAUUUUUCUUUUUUUAAUGUACACUAAGAUGGUAAAUAAUUUUUUUUAGUUACAAAACUGCGAUCCAAGAAGGUUCUGACUAUUUUUACAGUUCUACCAGAAAAUUGCAUUCGAAUGAUCUCGUGUGACAGUCUUUAUAUAAACAACAACAAAUUCUGCUUCACUGCGUUAUAAAUUUAAAGGUUGUAUUGCACAGAGGCAGAAUGAAGCCUGUGGAGAAAUUUGCUUUCAAACCCCCACAAAGAUUCCACCGUAAAAUUACAUCGUAGAAUGUGUUUGUUGUUAUGAUUUUUUGCAGGACAGCAGUGAGUGCCCGGCCUGAAAACACUACUAGAACACACACUGAAAGAUAAACGAGUUCAUAAUACCGUGGAUAUGAAGAAGAACAUGAAGAGGUCUUAAUUUGACUGCAAGUAAAAUAAAUUAAGACUGUGUAGCAUCGUAUUUUUGUCGUCAGUGGCUUAAGUGUGGUGUUGUGCAAACUACAGUCAAUUCUCUCAGAUGGAAACUAUUGGGACUGGCACAAAAUGUCUGCAUUAAUGGACAGGUGUAACUCUUAUAGAGAGUAAAAGAAAAUGGCUGAAGAAUAGUAGAGACCACCUAGAUUUCCUGGAGGUGCCUUAUCUUUUGAUUGUACUACUGUAUAAUAUUUCUAGCAUUACAUCCCCUCUCCUAAUAUUAUAUAGUGUAGACAAGGAAACAGGAAAGUAUUUUUUGAAUCAAGUUUGAUUUAGCCUGGCUGCAGUUAAUAAAUUUAACCAAGAAUGAAAUUGAUAUACUUUUGAAUUUGUAAGUUAUAUAAAUGUUUUAUGUUGUAUCUGUAAGAUAUACAUAUAUAUAACAAUGUCUAGUUUCAGUGUAAGACUAGUGAAUGUUUAGUUUCUUUUAAGUUCCCCAGUAUGUCUUGCAUGCGUAGAUUUCAGUGACCAUUUCAUUACAAAAAGCUGUUAUUACCAAACAAAAAUAUUUGCUGGGCUACUGAUUUGUGUUCUUGCAACCUCUUUGUUAGUUUUUCAACGCCAGUUAAUUAUAUUUUUUUACAUACUCAUUCUUCAUUGCAUAGUAGUAUUACUGUACAAGAUAAAAAAUAAUGAUGAUUUUAUGACAUUUAAAUUUACCCGGACUUUAGUUUUCACAAUCUGUCCAACUCAGUGUAAUGCUCGAUAUUGGAGAUAGCUCAAUAAGGUGUUUAGAGAAGAAUACUGAUGUACACCAACAAAUCCAAACUUUAUAGUGAAAACAGAUUAUCUGGCCUUGAAACUGGGCAGCAAAAAAUAAAUGCCAUAGUAGGUGAUGAAUUACACAACUUUAUAUUAAACUGAAGUAGAGAACCGAUAAUAUUAGUCUAAAAAUGAUGUCAGUGCUAUCAUCAGAGUUGUGAUGCCAUUUUCUUACCAAGUCACGAAAUUUUAAUACAGGUCACGGAGGUGGAACUAUAUUCAAUACAGAUAUUUGUUCGCGGGGGAAAAAUUGAACAAACAGAAAACGAACGUGAGAAAAAAGAAUUUUUUCCUUCGCUAUUGCUUGCAGCAAAUGAAUGCCACGGGAUAAUGGCUAACGUUCACUGGAUAAUCUCUCUGACUAUCCAGUAUAAUGUCCGCCAUCUUGUUUUGUCUCUUUGGUAGUACCCAGGCCCUUGCAUCACAGCUAGAUCGCUAGACCCGGACACUCGUUUCAACGCCGUAGCUUUUUACGCCCUGCCUCACAGCAAGCAAUAAUGACGUUAAUUUUGUCGAAACUCAAACCGUACAUUUUGUAUGACCUUUAAAUCGUCGUUUCGUUUUGAGAGAAUAAACAAAGUCGACAGUGAUUUCUCGCAUUGGUAAAUUUCAUCUUUUGUUUGCCCCCUGAAAUACCACGUGACAUUGCUUUUAUCCCAUCAAUCCUAAAUUGCAUGCAAAGAUAGCGGGUAUCGUGAAUAAGGUCUAUUCCCGCAAGACAAACUCGAAAUGAAAAUAUUGAGAACGCCCGCGAGAAAACGCGAAAGGUCUAUCAAGUUACUUAAUUGGAGAGAUGUCGACUUCAACAAAUCGGAACAAGGCUUUAAAUCGAAGAUUGGCACUCUGCAGACCAAUCACGAUUUUUACGCUUAGAAUCUGAGUGUAAAAAAACGGAGAAAACAAUAGCGUUAACUUCUACCCUCCUCGUGUGCCCCUCACGCUCUCGCGCGCCCGAAUUUCCCUUCCCCUUUCCCUUUUAACGUCUGCCACGCAGGCUAUUCCUAGUAAUUAGCAAGGAUGAAACCAAAAACUAUUUUUUUGUCUUUUGCGCAUUCUCUAAAUAAAAAGAGACUUUAGGUCUUUUUAUUUGACUUUUCAGAAGAAUCAAGAAGAUAGGGUAAUAGACGAAACAGAAUUGAAAGUCAAAAAGAAAAAAACAUCGUUUCAUGUUGUUUUCCAGAACCUAGUGAAAAGAAACUGGAAGUCUUUAUUAAUCAUAGUGCUGUUCAUAACAGUGGCUGUUCUUGCAACAAUAGUAUCUGUCUACAUACCUCGAAGGUAAGAUAUCAUUUUAACAUCAGUUAUUUGUUUCUUCGCAACAGCGAGCGAUCUUGUUGGUUGCUUCGCACGAGGUUACCUCACCUCUAACAACAAAACUGUUUCCCUCCAAAAGUCCCUCAACAGGAGCCAUUGCAAACACUAUGACGUGAAAGGCUACAGUACAUUGUUACUCAAGAAUGUUGACCUAUAACAGGCUAAGUUCAAGCGGCACUUGACAAAUAUUCUUUCUUGUUUUUGACCGGCUGAAAAUUUUGGCUGGACACUUCGUUCAUUAGGAACCGUUCAAUAUUUUUGCUCUGUUCACACGGAAUUGACGAACCAUGUUAAAUUGUCAGUGGUUUUACCAUCUGCCGUAAGAGGUGCUCUACUUUAGCAAUCCAAAAUGGCGUUUUCAGCUGAGAUACCGCGAGAUCGAAAUUCAUGUAACCACGCCUUUGCCCUACAAAAAAUUAGACGGUUAUGGAGUACAAACCACCCAGGUCAAAUUUUCAAAAAGGCAAUCCUUGGACACAAUAAAAACACCAUUUAAAUCAUUUAUAAUUUAUAUUUUUUGGUAGCAGAAAUUACGUUUUUCCUGAUGAAUCGUCAAGGAAUAAGCUGCUCAAUUUGCAGAUGCCUUUGGCACAGGGAAAAGACGGCAAAUCGUUCCUAAACUUCGGUAAGAAUGUAUUUGGAGUGUUGAUAAACGUUCAGAGGGUAUAUUUUCGGGUAAAAUAGCCGGUGAAAGGUAUAUGCCUGGGUAGUAAUAGAGAAAUAAGAUAGAGGGAUUUCUGUAUGAUCGCUAUAGUUUAUGGGUCUUUAUGGAUGUUCGGCAAAAAGUGGUGGUGGGGGGAUAAAGAUUGUUUGGCCAUGAGUUCCAGUGAUAGCGUAAUAUAGAUGGGAUCGGAAUUAUAGAAUCGUCAAUAGACCUUUUUACCGAUACGGCGGCCAUAUUGAAUUAAUUCGAUUUAAGGAGUAUUAUAGGAUGCCCAGGGGGCAUGAGCACAUUUCGUUUGUAUUUUUGAGCGCUUUUCGGAACAUUUUUUCUUAAAGUUUUCUUAGAAUAAGAUUGUAAUGGGAGAGAUGAUCCUUGUGCUGUGUUUGGAUGUAAUAAUGAUCGCUUUUUUUCUAGUUUAGUAUUAGAAAUAUUGUCUUUCACUGUAUAUUUCUCGGGAAAAAGGCGAUCAUUAUUACAUCCAAACACGGCACAGGGAUCCUUUUUCCCAUUACAAUCUUAUUCUAAGAAACUUUAAGAAAAAGUGUCCCGAAAAGCGCUCCUAAAUACAAACGAAAUGUGCUCAUGCCCCCUGGGCAUCCUAUAAUACUCCUUAAAUCGAAUUAAUUCAAUAUGGCCGCCGUAUCGGCAAAAAGGUCUAUUGAAAUGACUCGCCAUGUUCAUUACGUUUUUGGUCUCUGGCAAUGAUGGGUGAGUUCGAUCAUCUUCGAUCACGGAACCCAAUCGAAGUCAAUCGAACGAUUGGUGUUCGAUUGGGUUCGAUUAGCAAACGUUCGAUUGACUACACCAGGAUUUAUACACGCGUACUCGUCGAAUACGAUAUAAAAGGUAAAUAUCCUGAAAAAUACUCGAACGUUGAUAAAGUAAAAAGUGAUAAACGUUAAGCGAGGAAAUCCUGUUUCGUGUAGAAUUAAUCGCCUCCUCAUUUCUUAUCUAAUCUCCAAGCAAGACUUAUGGUUUUCUUUAAGAGCGUUCUUGUUUUAGCAUCAAACACAAUUUGUUAUUUACUUCACUCCCCGCCCUGCUCCUCUUCAAUUCAAUUAUUUCCCUACUCCUCAAAUUGUUAUUUGCUCUCCCGGUGUCCUCAAGCUAUAAUCUCCAUAGUUGCUUGACUUGCAUAAGUCCAAUACGGUAAAUACUCACCAAAACGGUAAAUACCUCUAAUACUCAUAAUUACAAAAGAUUGAGACGACAGUUUCAGUCAAAAGCAACGCCCGUAAACUUUCCCUCAAAAAUUUAGCCAGAGGGUAUGGGCAAAUAAUGUGUUUUCCUUUUCUUUAGCAAUACCAAGCUUAUUUGAGAGCUUUCUAAGAUUGUAAUCCACUUGAGGAAGAGAUAAGAUAAAGCUCUUUAGAACCUUCCCCCCAUGCCUCUAGGACGGCAUAACCCAGAACUUCUCCAAUUUGACCGCACUUCCCAUUUUAUUGUCUCCAAAUGACCACAUCAGGAUUGCGGUUUGACUCUCAGCUUCAAGAAUGUCAAAAUGCUCAUUGGAAAAGAUCCUUCCCCGAUCUUGAUUACGCGCUCUUUGGAUAUGACAUUUUAAACGGCUAUCCACUGGCAACAGGACACGAUCCUGGCUUUACGCACCCAAUAUUCCUGACAGACUAUACUCCUGAAAAGCAGACCUCUGACUGUCGUUACAGUGUUCCAGCAGGCUUGGUUGUUGUGCCUGAUGUGUCGUGUGAAACUACUUUCUCCUCCAAGAUUAUACGAAACAGACUGGAGAUGUCACAGUCCCUUGAGGCAGCCGCGAAUGUUGAAGGUGCUCGUCUUAGUUAUUUACAGUAA